UUUUUGGAGAAGCAAGAGGGUUUUUCCUGCUUAACGUCCUGACCAGUUCAAAUUGAGCUCCCAGACCACAGUUUGCACGAGAGUUUUUGUUUCUUUUUUUGGAGGGAAGAUUUUAGGAAUUCCUAAGCGUUCUUUCCAUUGGAGAUGGGAGGAGAACAAGUGAUUUUUCUUCACGCUUGAGUUCUCCUAUUGAGAAUUUGGGUAUUGUGCGUGUAAACGCGAUGAGCAGUAAAAGCGAGGUGGGUUGGAAACGACAGUAAGAGCUGGCUGAGGGAGCAAGUUGCGUGUUGCCUGAGUGUUACAGAUUUGCUGGCAGGAGAGAGAGGAAUGAAAGAAAGUUCAGAAAACCAAGCUUUCGUUGCAAAACGUGCCACCACAGAGAGGACCAGUGGCGAUUGUCAAAAAAAAAGUAUCCCUUGUAAUUGAUGCCAUUGUUGACCCCUCCCCCGUGUUUUUUUACCAAAGAAAAUUUUUUUUUGUAAAAGUUAUUUAUUCUGCAUAAACUGAAGCAAUAAAGCCUUCUCUUUCAGCGGGAGUAAUUGUGAGGAGCUGACAAGGAGUUUGAUUUAAUGAUUAGCUACCUGACCCUCUGCUCCUCCGAAACCUUUAACUGGAGAAUAACUCGCCUUUUUUUUAAAACUGAGGGCAUGGGGCUGAAUGUUAAUCACUCGGAGGAGGAGGAAAAGAAAGCUUCAUAUUGAAAUGGCCUCAUUGUUCCGGGAAGCGUUUGAAAAGCUGUCCGACCAUUCAAGGCUUUGUGCAGGUUUGGGGCAGAGUAGUGCACUAAAAUUGCUUCACUGCUUCCCAGUCUAAAUUCAUGGUGAAAAUCAUCCCAGGAACUUAUAAUAACGAAAAAUGUAGAACAACCCUGACAGAAUAGAUCAAUGGCAGAACACGUUUGUAGCAUUCAUGUUCCUAGCUCACUGCUACAGGCAGGCUGGUUUCUGCAUCUCUCAGGCGCUGCAGUAAGUCGCUGGGUUUUUUUUGAAGACUUAGACUCGUAGUUCUCCAAGCCGAGUGGUGUCCGCCAGGACAACUUUGACAUUUUCCUUUCUCUGAUAAGAAGUCGAAAGCCCCUGGCCUGACUAUGUAAGAGAGCGCAGGAAUGCAAUCUCAAUGCGGCCACACGGGACAGGGCUGUCCUAUUGCAAGAUAACUGAAGAGCCGUGCAGCUCCAGUGAAGACUCUAGCUCUUCCUCAAAAACCAAGAACUCUCUGGGCUCACUGCCAGACUUAGCCGAGCCGCAAACUCCCUACCGGGCAGUCUGUUUGUCAGUGGACCCCCGAAAUGGCUACAUGGACCAACGCUAUUCCUCGCACCACAUUUUCCCAGCCUUCCACACGCCCAUACCGAUCGAUAUGCGGCAUCAUGAGGGGAGAUACCAUUAUGAGCCUCACUCCAUCCAUGCCAUUCACGGGCCUCCUGCCUUGACUGGAAGCCCUGUCUUCUCCGACAUCUCCCUCAUUAGGCUGUCUCCUCAUCGGAAUCCAGCAGCCACGGGCGAGUCUCCUUUCAGCCCACCCCAUCCUUAUGUCAACCCGCACAUGGAGCAUUACCUGAGGACCAUGCAUGGUAGCCCCACGCUCUCCAUGAUCUCAGCUGCAAGAGGCUUGAGUCCAGCUGAUGUUCCUCAUGAGCACUUGAAGGACAGAGGUCUGUUUAGCCUGCCUCCUCCCCCACCAGGAGCUAAUCCAGCUGAAUACUAUCAUCAAAUGACUCUAAUGGCCAGUCAUCGAAGCCCGUAUGGUGACAUCCUGAUGCAGACCAGUGGAACAGGCAGUGCGACGCACAUCACAGAUUACAUCAACCCUGUGGACAUCUCAAGAUUCUCGAGUCCUCGGCCAGCUGCAAGAAUGAGCAGAAAGCGGGCCCUGUCUAUCUCGCCGCUGUCUGACGCCAGCAUCGACCUGCAGACCAUGAUCAGGACAUCCCCCAACUCUCUAGUGGCCUACAUCAACAACUCCCGAAGCAGCUCUGCAGCCAGUGGUUCAUACGGGCAUCUGUCAGCUGGUGCUAUCAGCCCAGCAUUCAGUUUUCCUCACCCCAUCAACCCGGUGACAUUCCAAAUGCACCAACAGAUACUGAACCAGCAACGCAGCCUGAACUCAGCAUUCGGCCACACUCCGCCCCUUAUACAGCCAUCACCAACGUUCGCUCCACGACAGCACAUGUCCAGUACCUCAGCUGUUUUGCCACCCAGUCAGGCCAAUAAUGCCUCAUCUGAAACGUCCCAGAGCAAGCUGAGUGGUGAGUCUGCUGUGAGCAGCACUGUUGAUCCAAUGAUCAACAAACGCACCAAGGUUAAAACUGAGGUGGAGGGACCCCGGGCUAUAUCUCCAAACACUGAGGAUCGGCUGGCAGGGCUGACAGAGGUGAAGGACGACUUGGAUAAAGAUGAUUGCAAACAGGAGCCAGAGGUCAUUUACGAGACCGUGUGUCACUGGGAAGGAUGCAACAAAGAGUACGACACUCAGGAACAACUAGUGCAUCACAUUAACAAUGAGCACAUCCAUGGAGAGAAGAAGGAGUUUGUUUGUCGGUGGCGGGAUUGCUCUCGGGAACAGAAGCCAUUCAAGGCGCAGUACAUGCUGGUGGUGCACAUGCGGCGACACACGGGAGAGAAACCACACAAGUGCACUUUUGAAGGCUGCAGCAAAGCUUAUUCACGUCUCGAGAACUUGAAGACUCACCUGAGGUCCCACACUGGAGAGAAGCCGUACGUCUGUGAACAUGAAGGCUGCAACAAAGCAUUCUCCAAUGCAUCAGACCGAGCCAAACAUCAAAAUAGGACUCAUUCCAAUGAGAAACCAUAUGUUUGCAAAAUUCCUGGUUGCACCAAGAGGUAUACAGACCCGAGCUCCCUUCGGAAACACGUGAAGACUGUGCAUGGGCCAGAUGCCCAUGUGACAAAAAAGCAACGCAAUGACACUCAUCCCAGACCCCCACCCCCCAAGGAACCCAGUGACCAUGACAUGGCCAUCGGGCCUGGGAAUAGAGCGGCUGAGGAGAAAGCUGAAGCAAACAGCACCAGUGGGGGUCUGGAAGACUGCCUGCAAGUAAAAACCAUCAAAACAGAAAAUUCCAUGAUGUAUCAGUCCAGCCCUGGUGGCCAAUCUUCAUGCAGCAGUGAACCAUCGCCACUUGGCAGCACCAACAACAAUGACAGUGGAGUAGAAAUGAACAUCAACAGUGGAGGUAGCCUGGGAGAUUUGACUGCCUUAGAUGAUUCCCCAAUUGUGGACUCCACUGUUUCAUCUGGAACUUCAGCAAUCAGCCUUCAUUUGAGAAAGAACAUGACAGCACCCCAAAGACUUGAGCAACUAAAGAAAGAAAAAUUGAAGCAGGUUAGAGACAUUCCUUCAUGGGCAAACCCAGUGCCACCAGUCAAGAACACCAAGCUGCCGCUCAUUCCCAUGAAUGGAGUUUCACUGGAGAAUUCAAGUACUGGUGGUUCCACUGCUGUGUUGCCUAACCCUAGAAUAACGGAGCUGUCCAACAGUGAGAUCACUGUUUUGAAUCAACUGAAUGAGCGUCGUGACAGUGCAACGAGCACCAUCAGUUCGGCCUACACUGUCAGUCGAAGGUCAUCCGGCAUUUCCCCUUACUUUUCCAGCCGCCGCUCCAGCGAGGCCUCUCACGUUGGUGGCCGUCUGAACAACAUCAGCUCCGCCGACUCCUACGACCCCAUCUCCACGGAUCUGUCACGGAGGUCCAGUGAGGUCAGCUACUGUGGUGGCCUGCUCAAUCUGACGCCGGCUGAGCAGUACAGGCUGAAGGCUAAAUACGCUGCGGCGACUGGGGGACCGCCCCCAACGCCCCUGCCCAACAUGGAACGCAUGAGCCAGAAGGCAAAAAUGUCUCUCCUGGGAGAAGGCCCCAAUUCCAUGUAUGCUCCUUUCCCUCCUCCUGCCGCUCAAAGGCGAUGCAGCGAUGGCAUUCCUCGCGGCUAUGGCACGGCAGCUCUCCGGCCCCAUGAAGUUGUCGGCAAUGCCACCAGGCGGGCAAGUGACCCAGUCAGGAGGACGGCCGUGGAUCCUCUGUCUCUCCCCAGGGUCCAACGCUUCAACAGCAUGAACAACAUGAAUCCAUUGCCGUUGCCGCCGGCGAUGGACAGGCAUCACUAUGGCCUUCAAAACCCCGCUCGGUCGGACGGAAGCCUCCACAGGUGUGCCUACUCGCCUAGGCCGCCCAGCAUCAGCGAGAACGUUGUCAUGGAGACUGUGGCCGGCGAGAUCGAUGCCCAAGGUGUGGAGGAUGAUCUAAUGCUGCCCGAUGAUGUGGUGCAGUAUAUCAACUCUCAGGAAAAUCGAUUGACCCAGGAUAACAGUUCGUUGAAUUUCACUGGACAAAUGCAGGGCUUCCAGGAAAACAUGAGCAUGCAGAGUCAAAACCCGUUCUCCCACCGUGGAAUGGCAAUGGUCGAUGGUAACAUGAGUCAGCCAAGUUCUAUGAUGACGCAGUGCCAGAUGAGUCCAGGGAGUCAACCUUACCAGGGAUCACCCAACUUGAAGAAGAACAGCAUGCCAGUUCAGUGGAAUGAAGUAAGCUCAGGUACAGUCGAUGUCAUUCCUGACCAGUCCAAGCAGCAGUUCACCCGGUCAAACCUGGCAGUAGUUCAGCAGAAGCAACUGUUUGACCAGUACCAGAACCUCAACUCUGCUCAGCCGACUGGCCCAAUAAACCAGAAUGAGAUGGCUCUGGCGCAACAGGGUGUGAUGCAAAGAGGUGUUGGUGUGAACGGGCAAAGGAUGAGUUAUAUGCAGCAGCAGCAGCAGCCAAUGAGCUUGUGCCAGAACGCUAAUUCAUCUCUCAGCCCGCACCAGACUUUUAAUCAGUCCAGCCAAAUGCUUAGCCCCAAUAUUGCCAGCAGGACUCUCAGCCAGGGGGCUUGCAGUAAUAUGCCAGCGAGCAACAUGAUGGGCUCACCUGCGCCAACAGGUACUCAAGACUUUAAGCAGAUGGCAAUGAUGCAGAGCAAAGAUGCAGCAAUCAAAAGCUACGCCCAGGCUCAGCAGGUCCGGGCACAGGUACAUCAGCCAAUGACUGGCACGAGCGAGAUGCCAAUGAUGAUGAACGGGUGCCGUGCCAGAGACGCACCAGGGCAAGGCAUGCAUGUUUCAAGCCAACAGAACUUUGGGCCCCAUCUCCAGUCUGGCAGAAAUCCAGGCCAUAGCUCCUUUGCUGCCCACGGAGUGUUAAGUCAAACUAAUUCCCAAGUCAGCCCAAACCAGCAGAACUUCAGCCAAGCAGGGUCAAACAUCAUGAAUUCUGCUGGGCACAACUUAAGUCGUGGAAUAAUGCAGCCCCAUCCCCCCCAGGGUUCAAAUCCAUUAGAGAGACACCACAGUCUAAUGAAUUCUUUAAACAUGCAGCAUCAAAGUUAUCUGCAAAGCCCACUCCAGAUGAAUGGCAUGAGCCCCGGGCAUGGUCAACCCGAAGUAAGCCACAAUCAGCCAGGUAAUCAACUCUCAAUGCAAUCGCAACAGUGUAAUAAUGAUGGUUCAAGCAACAACUUGAUGUUUUAUUCUGGUCAGAUCCACAUGUAUGAACAAAAUGGCAACUUCAGUGGCCAAAUGGACUGUGCUAUUCAGCAGCAACAGCGUAUGCAAGGUGUCAAAGCUGCGGCAAUGGCCUCACCAGGCACCAACCAGGUAUCAAGUACAGUAAACUCCCACAGUCUGGACCAAGCGCAGAUAGAUUUUGACGCUAUCAUGGAUGAUGGUGACCAUUCUAGCUUGAUGUCAGGCACAUUGAGCCCCAGCCUUCUUCAGAACCUCUCUCAAAAUUCCUCACGCCUCACAACUCCUCGGAAUUCUCUGACUCUGCAGCCCAUUCCAGCCGGGUUGACUAAUAUGGCAAUUGGAGACAUGAGCUCUAUGUUAACUACCUUGGCUGAGGAAAACAAAUUUCUUAAUAUGAUGUCUUAAACCCUCAAGAGUAGUGAAGAGCAAUUUCAACUUCAGAUUCCAGUAACUUCAAAAUAUGAUGCUUAAAAACAGAUUGUCUCGAAAUAUUAACAUUCCUAAAGAGCAAUUUUUUAAAAUAAACUUUGUAUUUUAAUGUAUAAAAAGAAACCUUUAUUCUGAAGAAAGAGAAUCAGAACAUUUUGCAAAGGCUUAUAUAUUUGUGAAUAGGGAUUUCUUGCUGUGUUUUGAAGAAAUAGCUGGUGGAUUGACAUGUUACAUCAGGAGGUGUGUUAUUUGAAAUGGGAAUCCUGUUUCUUUUUGUUACAAAGCACUGAUACUGUAUACUAGACCAAACAGGCAAAGGUACAAGCCAAACGUUGCCCAUUUCUUCCUUAUAAAUAGUAGAUGUGUGCUUUUUUGUAUUUCAUUAAUGUGAACUCCCCAGUGUAUAUUAGUUGAUUCAUUGUCACUGAAAAGUGUUUUAGUUUGGCUGAGGUGAAAGAACAAAAGGUACACGGACAAUUACCAUCAAAGCCAUACUGUACACUGCUUCCUUUUCUGAGUUUAGCUCUUAAUUAUUCCACAUCUGGCAAACUAUCACUAUGAAACCUCAUGAUAAUACAGACUGUAUAGUUUGUGGACGUUGUAAAUGAUAAGGCUUUUCCAUAAAAUAUAUGGCACCAAAAAGCUAGGAAAGCCCAUGUUAUAGCAUCAAGAAGUGCCUUACUAUAACUUGUUAUUUUCAAAUAGUGAAGGCGUUGUCAAUAUACAACACAAUACAGCACAGGAACAGGCCCUUCGGCCCACCAAGCCUCUGCCUAUUCCUUAUCAUAGAAUCCCUGCAGUGCGAAAGCAGACUAUUCGGCCCAUCAAGUCCAUACUGACCCUCUGAAGAGCAUUCUACCCAGACCUUAUCCUACAUUUCCCAUGGCUAAUCCACCUAGCCUGCAAAUUCCUAGAUACUAUGGGCAAUUUAGCAUGGCUGAUCCACCUAAUCUGCACAUUUUUGUACUGUGGGAGAAAACCAGACCACCAAGAGGAAAUCCAAGCAAACCCAGGGAGAAUGUACAAACUCCACACAGAUGGUCACCCAAGAAUGGGAUUGAACUCGGGUCCUCAGCACGCUGAGGUAUGAGUGUUAACCACUGCACCACCUUUACUUAGACUUGCUACUUAUUGCCCAUACACAGUUUAUAGCCGUCUGUUCACUUCCCGUUAAUGUGUCUAUCAAGACACACCUUAAACGGUACUAAUGUGCCUGCAUCCACCAUCUCCACUAGCAGUGCAUUCCAGGUACCUACCACCCUCUGAGUGAAAAACUUUGCCUGCACUUCUCCCCUAAACCUUCCCACUCUCACCUUGAACCUGUGCCCUUUUGCAGUUGACCUUCCACCCUGGGAAAAAGCCUCUGACUAUCCACCCUAUCUAUAUCCUUCAUAAUUAUGUAAACAUCUAUUGAGUCACCUCUCAGCCUCCUCAGUUUAUUACAUUUUGGAAACAGUUUCCAGCAAUAUGCUUGUAAUAUGGCAAUGCUAUUGGUACUGUGCUAGUUAACAUAAAGUGUUUAAUGAAAAUAGUUUCAAUAUGUGUGAGAAUUAUUGUGAAAAUAUGCAAAGCAUCUUUUCAAUAUAUAUGAGCUAAAAUGUCUUCUUUGUUGUGCAUUCUUAGUGCAUAAAGCAUCUCAUGUAAAGAAAUUUUAAACAUUGUACAACCAUUCCAGUCUGUAAAUAUACAACAUGUUUAAAAUUGUGUUUUGAAUAAGAGCACCAAGCUGACUAUUUUUGAUCAACUUGUAGCCUGGACAUUUCCUGUAACCAAUUCCUCUCAGCACACAAAAUAGAUCUAGUGAUCUAAAUGUAUAUACAUUUUUUGUACAAUAACAAACUUUUCUUUAAUA